CAUACAGGACAGGAGAAGUGGGACUGGGCGGAGUCCAUACAGGACAGGAGAAGUGGGACUGUGCAGAGUCCAUACAGGACAAGAGAAGUGGGACUGUGCUGGGUCCAUACAGAACAGGAGAAGUGGGACUGUGCAGAGUCCAUACAGGACAGGAGAAGUGGGACUGUGCAGGAUCCAUACAGAACAGGAGAAGUGGGACUGUGCAGGGUCCAUACAGGACAGGAGAAGUGGGACUGUGCAGGAUCCAUACAGGACAGGAGAAGUGGGACUGUGCAGGAUCCAUACAGGAUAAGAGAAGUGGGACUGUGCAGAGUCCAUACAGGACAGGAGAAGUGGGACUGUGCAGAGUCCAUACAGGACAGGAGAAGU